AUGACGCAAAGAUCACUUGACACAGUGAAGUGCACUCAGCAAGUCUAUAUGGAUACAGUUAAUAUAGAAAAAUUGGAACCGAGCACAAGCUACAUGAUUGAGAAAAGCAUAGCUGCUUUUGCUGGGGGUAAAGGAGUUGUUCCGUUCUUUUCCAUCCCUACUGGUGAAGAAGAUUAUUUAGAAUUUAUGAAGUCCUUAUUCUUUCUUUCCUCAAAAGAUACUGCUAUGAAAGCAUCUGACUGUUUGGUACUUUAUAUCAACAUAAUAAGGGGAAGCUUCAUGAAUCUUGAUAAAGAGAUCAAAAGGAGUUUGGUCGAUUCUGGGAUGGAGUGCAAUAUGUAUGAUGAUGAUGACACAGAAGAUUGGAUAUUAGGUUGGAUACCGGAUUUGUAUACGUCUGAGGAAUAUACAUCUUGCGAGGUUGACUCAGCGACUAUUAGAGUCAAUAUUGGUAUAUAUUGGAACUUUAUAACAAAGAGACUUACGGCUGCAAACAUAGAAGGAUGGUUGAAAAAACGUAGGGGAGCAUAUGCUACUGCCUGUCAAAUUGCAGAUGAUGAGGAAGCCUUGUUGACAUUAUCUCCAGAUCUUGGGUUCGCGGGAAAAGUUAAUCAGUCAAUGGCAUCACUCUUGAUGAUAGAGUAG